AUGUCCUACCAACUUACCCCCGACGAUAUCGACAACUCGCGGGAUGAUGAACCCCCCGCCAGCCGCGCCGCCAAGAACCCCAACCCCGCCGUCCUCCAGGCUCUCCUGGCCUAUUACAAUGAGAUAUGCCAGGAUGCACCAACAAACCUGCGGCGCCAUAAUCUUGAGCGCUACUCCCCCAACGCCAGCGUCUCCGGCGCUAUCUGGGGCAUUUACGAGACCCCCCUAACGGCCGCUAUACGGGCAAACCUCCCACACAACAUCCAGACUCUUCUCAAGGCAGGCGCUGACCCCAGCGGCAUCAGCGCCUUUGAAUUGAGUGAUUAUGCGGUGCGGUUUAUCCGCGGCCGGGAUCCCAAGAUCGACACGUCUAGUUUCGCUCAUUGUCCGCCCCGCGCGACUGUCUUGGCCGGUGCCCAUGGGAAAGGGAUUACAGCGCAGACUGCGCCGUUGACGGCAGCGGAAAUUGAGGAGCGGCGGGGGGGGGCUUCCACGGUUCUGGACCGAGCCGAAUGUUCCCGCUCAGCGCUUGCGGAUGAAUGCGGCCUUGACGGCGCUGGAGGUGGCGGCGGGGAUGGGGGAUAUGAGUCUGCUUGGUUGACGCAGGAGGGUGAGGAGGAGGGGGGCGAGAUGGUUGAACUUUCCAAGGAGGCAGGGGAAGCUCUGUCCGCGCUCUCGACCUCCUCGCCGGUUCAUCAGGCUCUCCAGGCCGGACGGCUAGAUAUGCUGCGCCAUCUCCUGGCGGGGUGCGGGUACUCGCCUAACUACCGCCCCCGCGCGGCGCCCACCGUCGCUCUCCCACCUGCGUCGUUUGCGAUUGCGCGCUGCGAUCUGCGUAACCCUGGUGUGCAGAGGUGUCUGGUCGAGUUACUGGCACAUCCGAAAUUGAACCUGUGCCUCCGCACCCCGGUUUUUGACGUGCAUGUGCUCCAUUUUGCGGCCGCGAGAUAUGAUCCAGAUCUACUUGGGUGGUUGGCGGGCCAUAUACCCGGUGGACUGAAAGCUGCUGGGACGACGGCGCUGGGCCAUACGCUGCUGCAUAUCGCUUGCCUGCCGCUGACGGCGGACCAGAUUGUGAGCAGGAAUCCGGCCCUGGCGAAGAGUAUCCACUGCGCGCGCACGUUGGAUACGGCUUGGUUGCCACAUCGAUUGCCGAGUCCGCUGCAUAUGCGGUUCGCCAGUCCGGGGCAGCUAGGGGGUAAUCCCCGGCCGAUGAGUGAAAGUGAGCAGAGGGGGUUGAGUGAAACGGUUGGGGUGAUUUUGGAGGAUGGAGCGGUCGAUGUGAGGGCUCAAGAUACGGAUGGGAAUACGGCGUUGCAUUACUUAGCCGGGACGUUGAACAUGGACGAGGAGGUUGUGCGCAUGGUUCGGGGGAUGGAAAUGGCGGAGGGGCUUUGGGAAAGAGUGAGAAACGAAGCCGGGUUUACGCCGGGGGAGUUGUGGGGGGAGUAA